CUUUGUCUUUACAGUAGUUGCUGAGUGUGAACGCUCCUAAAAUCUCCUUUGAAGCCUUAAGAUUAAGAUUUUGUCUGCGGAACAAAGAGUGAGUGACGAUGAUGAUGCCAACUGGGUUCAGAUUCAAUCCCACCGAUGAAGAGCUUAUCGAAAUCCUUGAAAGAAAAGUUUCUGGCCAAGAAAUGCCUCUCCAUGACCAUUUCAUUGUGGAAAGAAAUGUGUAUGAGCUCGAUCCAAGAGAUCUUCAAUGGGAUCACACGAUGGUGUUGCUUAACAACGAGAGAUAUUGCUACUAUAUGAGGGAGAACGAUUCUCGAGAAGUAUCAGGUCGAGGAUGGUGGAGAGCUACUGGUCAUGUUAAGAAAAUUUAUGCUAAUAACAAAUAUGUAAUUGGUUAUAAGAGACCUCUUACAUUUAUCAGGUUUAGCGAUAAUGAAAGAAAGCGUAAAAAUGCUCUCAAGACAAACUGGAUUAUGCACGAAUAUAGCCUUGACUCCAACAUAACGGAAUGGAGAAUUUGUAAGAUCAAAUAUAAGGGAAAACUAAGUAUACAAGAAGAGCUAAAGAGUAAUGGAAAAGGUUACAAAUUAAAGAGCAAGAUUGAUUUUGGGUGUGAUGAAGAACAACAGCAGCAACCAGAACCAUUAGAGCUCGACAUUUUGUAUGAACCUUAUAAUUCUGAAGUGAGUAGUUCUAUGGACAUGCAACUUGAUUUUGUUGGUGAGCCUUAUUUUAGGCAAAAUAUGCAAAUGGAAGUGGCGAUUGAUGAGCAACAACACCACCCAAAUAAUACUUCAUAUGAUCCAAUCCUCACGCAUUUUAAUAGUACAAACAAUUACUUCGGGGAACAACUUGAGCAACCGGCCGAUGAUUCCUCAGAGGAACUAUUUCAUAGUCUUUGGUCUUGGCAGAGUAGUAGCUAG